CCAAAAUCUUGUGGACUGCUCUGAUGUACCAUCUGACAUGCUACAAAGGGCACAAGGGUGCACUUCAGACCAGACUUGAACCCUUUCUGAAGUCUUCUAAGACCGGGCAACUUGGUGGAGGUGUCACCUGAGAAGCGACGCUGAGGGGGGGGGGGGAGACGUGGCGCAGUGUGCGCAUGUUCGUCAGAGGCGGAACUGCUGAGUGCAGCAGGGAGUGUGUCCUGCUCAGUUCAUCUGUCAAGACAUGGACCAUCGUUGUUAGCUGCGGCGUGUGUGUCUCCGUCGGACCGAUGCGUUUCAUGCUGCUGUUCAGCCGGCAGGGGAAGCUGCGCCUGCAGAAGUGGUACACAGCCACAGCUGAGCGUGACAAGAAGAAGAUGGUCAGAGAACUGAUGCAGAUAGUACUGGCCCGCAAACCAAAGAUGUGUAGCUUCCUAGAAUGGAGGGACCUCAAGAUUGUCUAUAAAAGGUACGCCAGCUUGUAUUUCUGUUGUGCAAUUGAAGAGCAGGACAAUGAGCUGAUCACACUGGAAGUUAUUCACCGCUUCGUGGAGCUGCUUGAUAAAUACUUUGGCAGUGUGUGUGAGCUGGACAUCAUCUUUAACUUUGAGAAGGCUUACUUCAUUCUGGAUGAGUUCCUAAUGGGAGGAGAGAUCCAGGACACGUCUAAGAAGAGCGUCCUCAAAGCCAUCGAACAAGCGGACCUGCUGCAGGAGGAGGAUGAGUCUCCCAGGAGUGUGUUGGAGGAAAUGGGCUUGGCAUAAUACACACCAUUGUUGUGAGAGACUAUAGAUACUAAGGUAGAGAGCUGGAUGUUAGGGGAUGCGACAGCAUCUGGGAUUGGACUGACUAACUGGCUCUGUGUAUCUGUGGCUAUGGGGACUGAUGUACAAUGUUGAACCAGGGAAGAGAUUCAGUUAAGUGUGGAAGACCCUUACAUUGCAUUGACAGGCCCUAAAGCUCUGUGUGUGUGUGCGUGUGUGUGUGUGUCUGUGUGUGAUGUAAGUGUAGGGUGGAGGUAAUGAGUUACACCUAAACUAAUAUGUGGCUGUUGGGGGGGUGUUUUUAUUACAAAUGAGGGAAAUGGAGUCUGUCUUUGCUGUAAGUAAGUAAAGAUGAGAAGCCACAGUGGAAACUGAUGUUUGAGUCGCUAUGAAGCAGGUUUGCAGUUUGACUAAAGAGAAGCAGGUUCGAACUGUCACAUCUGGUCGAGAAUAAUCGUGAGUUACCGAUUGUGGACUGGUCCUUUGAGUUGUGAGACAGAAAAAGUGGGCAUCACUAAAGUGGUGAGUUUGAUGUUGCUCUACGUGUUUUCUAUUUUCAACAAUUCUCAUGAAAGAUCAAAACCAGCAGUGAGUUUGUGCAGUCCUCAACACUUCCACUUCCCUCCUCUGUCUGUGGCUCUCAGCCACAAAUCCACGGAUUCCUACGUAGGAGGACAAUUUUAAAUAACAGCUCAUAGAUAUAUUUUUCCAAAAGGUUCAGUAAUUUCCAUAAAUGCUACAGGUGGAUGCUGUAGUUUUAACAAUUAUUCCUAAAAUAGUCCAUUUUUGGGCACUACUGUAUUUCCAGUGACUGAUUAAUUCAUAUUUGUGGCAACGGGACGGUGUGUGUCAGACCAUGUGAAAGUAAACUACAGUGUAUUUUGUCCAUGAUGGAGGCAAGGCAGCAGUGUGGGUCAUGUGUGGUUCUUGGAGCUCUGUGUCUCUGAAGAAAUGAGCUAUAUCACACAAGUGAACACGAACUGUUUACUAUCACUUCAUUAUCAGUUUUGACCUGCACAUGAGACUUGUUGACACUAAGAAAAAUGUAGAAUAUCCCCAGAUGUUUCAAGUAAAAUUCUGUCACUACA